GUGGGAUCUUCCUGCCACAUGUGCAUCUCGUCCUGCUUAUGAACCCUCUUAACAUCCCCAACUCCGGGCGCCAUUUCUACCUCGCCGUUGACCGCCUCCAGUUCAAGAUGAGGACACUACUGGAGCUCCUAGGUGUUGUCUCUGACCGCCUUGGCCCGGUGCCCAUUGCCAUAUGUGUUUCAUCCCGGGAUGAGCUAGAUGCUGUCUGUGCUGCUGUUGCCAACCUCCCCUUCGUGUCCUUAUCACCGCUGUACAGCGAUCAAGAUGAAGCUGAGCGUGCAUCUGUUCUUGAGAAAUCCCGUCGGGCAGCAAUACAGCGAAAUCAAAUUGAAGAUACUUCUAUUGAUGAAAGUCCCAAGCCUGAAAGUGUGGUCUUGAAGCAAAAUAUUACAGUUGUAACAGAUGCUUGCUUGCCUUCGGCGGCGAUGGGAGAGGCUCCCCUUAUGUCUCGUGUGCUGAUAAACUAUGAAUUGCCUACAAAGAAGGAGGCUUACUUAAGACAUGUAUCAGCAUGCUUGGCAACAGAUGGAAUCGUGAUUAAUAUGGUGGUUGGUGGUGAGGUGGCUCUUCUAAAGUCUCUGGAAGAAACCAGUGGAUUUUUCAUUGCAGAGAUGCCAAUACAUCUUUCCGAGAUAUUAUGAGAGUUUCAAUCCGCUUCAGAAAUUACUGUUACAUGUCAGGACUAACUACUCCAGUUUCUAUUGGUGCUACUUUGACUUGUGGGAUUACUCUUUGCUUGCUUCAUAUGUGGAUUAGUCUUAAAAUUAGGUUUCAGAAUAAUGGGAUUGAUGUUUAUUACUUCUAUUUACUGAGAAAUGGACCCUUCUCUUUUACUUAA